AUGGGGGACUCAAAGCUCUGCCUUUUGCUGCUCCUCAGCACAUCCGCCUUGACUUUUGCCCAAGAUGAUGAUCAGUCGACCUGCCUGCUGGCCAAACGGUACAAGACCCUGCACAAGUACGAAUACCAAUACGAAGCCGAAUCUCUGAAUUCUAUCAACGGAGCCUCACCGCUCCAGAACGGACCCAAGGCUUCUUGCAAGGUUGAAAUCGAAGUGCCUCAGACGUGUAGCUUCAUCAUCCGCACCACCGGCUGCCAGCUGAACGAGGUGGUGGACGUGAGCGCAGAGGGUAACCCUGUGUUCGCUCCCGCACCCAGCUCCGACGCCUUUGCUGCUGAGAUGGAAAGAUAUCCCCUGAAGGUCGUGAUCGAGGGCGUGUACGAUGUGAAGCUGUACCCCGAGGAUGGCGAGACAACGACCAUCCUGAACUUUAAGAGGGGUAUCAUGUCCGCCCUGGCUGUGCCUCUGCUGGAGGAAGAAAAGAACAAGAGAAUGCCCACUAUCCACGGCAAGUGCAAGACCUACUACACCAUCAACGCCAGAGAGGAUAUCGCAACCGACAUCAGCCUGGAGAGGGAUCUGUCCAGAUGCGACAGGUUCAGCCCAAUCAGAGAUCACACCAGCCCUCUGGCCCUCAUCUCUGGCAUGCACUAUCCUCUUGCUCAGCUGGUCAGAAGCUCCCAAACCUGCAACUACAAGUUUGACAACGAGAAAAAACACAUGACCUCUGGCUCCUGCACUGAGAACCACAUCCUCAUCCCCUUCUCACACAAGGGGCAGUAUGGAGUUACCAACGUUGGAAAGCAGGAACUGACUCUGGUUCAGGUUGUUCCCCACAACGACAGAGUCUUCGACCGCAGUGACAUCAUGAAGGAGCUUCACAUGGAUGCUGUUGAGGACAGGAGCGUUGUCCAGGAUAAAGACGCUGCUCUGAAUCUCCUGAGAGAACUGGCCACUCUGCCCGAGACCGACGGCGACAGGAGGGCCCAACUCUUCCAAAAGCUGGUCUCCAUGGUCCGGGGAAUGAAGACCCAGACCCUGACUCCUGCCAUUCCCGAGGCUCUUGAAGUGUCCCGCGUCCUGACCUACCAGGUUCUGGCUCAGUGUGGAACCCCCGAGUGCAGCAGCGCCAUCAUGCAGAUCCUGAGGACCUUCGACAGCGCCUCCCUCGAGGUCGACGCUGCGGUUUUCGCCAUGGGAAUCAUGUCCAAUCCCUCUGCCCUCCUGAUCAAUGACUUGCUGCAGAUGGCCAAAUACAAGACCAGCAAACCCAUCAUGUACGCCCUGAGCAACGUUGUCAAGAGGUUUUACAAACUGGAAGGAAAACUGAUCCCUGAGAUUUUCUCUGUUGCUGAGUUCAUGGCUGCCCAGCUGGGCGACUGCACUGGAGACAAGGACGAGACCUUCAUGAAGCUCAGGGUGAUUGGAAACAUGGCUUCAGCUGUGAUCCCUGCUGGUCCUGCACUCAGAGGCUCUGUGAUGCAGUGUGUGAACCAACCUGCAGCUUCUCCAGCUGUGCAGCAGGCUGCCAUCCAGGUGUUCAGGCUGACCCCCGUCCCUGCGGAGGCAAAGGAGGUGGGUGAGAGGAGGAUGCUGGCCAAGCUGACGUCCACCGUGGACAACACCUCUCACCCGCUGCACCACACUGUGGGGUCUCUGAGCAGCUCCUUCAGCAGCAGACGGAUCCAGCCACGGUGGAAGAAGCAGCGCUACGGCAGCAUUCUAUUCUAUUNCCCCAUGCAAAAGCGUAUUGCUGCAUAUCUGGUACUCAUGAAGGACCCCCAGCCAAGUGAACUGACCCAGCUGGCUAAUGCCUUGCCCAAUGAGCAGGACCAACAAGUCAAGAGCUUUGUCAUCUCCCACAUGACCAACAUUUUGUCCUCAAGCGUGCCUGAGACCCAGGAACUGAGACAGAAGAUUCGUGAUGCCCUGCAGGGUAAUGAGAUCGGGCCCACUAUGGACCCCACCAAGUUCUCUCGCAACUAUAAGAUCGGAUCUCUGGAGGGCAACAUGAUCUUUGAGGACACCAGCUACCUGCCCAAGGAGGUCAUGCUUGAAAUGACUCUGAAGGCAUUUGGCUUUGAUGUUGACAUGAUGGAGAUCGGCAUGGAGGGCAAAGGAUUUGAGCCAACAGUUGAUGCUCUGUUCGGAGAGAAUGGAUUCUUCCCUGACACCGCCCUGAAGACGAUGUACUUCGUCUCUGACAACAUGCCCCAGAAAGUCAAUGCGAUCCUGAGGGACCUGAUUCCUUCUCUGAGAAAGAAACAGGUAUUCAGCUCUAACCUGAUGAGGGAAAUCGGACGCAACCUCAACAAACUGGUGAGGGAACUGAAGUCUGUACAGUCUCCAGAGGCCAUGGUUUAUCUGAGACUUUUGGGAAAUGAGCUGGGUUAUCUGAGGACCAAUGAAAUGGAGGAGAUGGCCUAUUCUGCUGCCAUGAUGAUCGACAGCAUGCUCAAGAUGUUCCCAGCUGAUCUGCUGAAGGCGCUGAUGACUAAGGCUGACAACACUUUCUUUGCCCACUACAUCUUCAUGGACAAUGAGUUCUUCCUGCCCACUGUCACUGGUGUGCCUCUGAGGGUUUCACUGUCUGGUACUUUCGCCCCUGGUAUCAAGGGUGGAAUUAAGAUUGCUCGUGACAUGAGCGAAGUGACCUUCAUGCCCUCUGCUGACAUUGAGUUUGUGACUAAGAUUGGCUCCCACAUCCCUGAAUUUUCCAACACUGGACUAGAGAUGUACACCAGCCUUUUCCAUGAGAGUGGCCUUAAAGCCAAGUUGUCCACAGAAAAUGGCAAAUUGAAACUGGCCAUCCCUGCUCCAGGUGGCCCAACUAAGCUCAUGACAGUGACAAACAACCUUGUGGCAGUGACUGGAUCAGAAAUGAAGACCAUCCCUCCUAUGGUGAUGGACAAGGUUGAUGUCCGUGAGUGCACUCCAGUCUUCGCUGGAAUGAAAUACUGCUCUGAGCUACAGUACACUGAUGCUUUCUCUCAGGAGACGGCCCCGUACUUCCCCUUCACCGGAGACAGCAAAUUUGCUGUGGAGCUCCAUCCUACCGGUGAAGUCACUGAAUACACAGCCACUGUUGCCUACGAGCUCCUCAUGGAGGGAGAUGAUGGCCAGCAGAAGGUUGACUCUGUGAACUUCAUUCUGAGGGCGGAGGGUGCAGAUCCCACUGAAGCCAGAGCAGUCAUGAAGUACAACAGAUGGAUAAAUGCCAUCACAGCCGACAUCCAGAUCCCUGACUACGAUGUAGAGGCCGGUCUUAGGUUGGGUGUUGUUGAUGGAAACACCAAGGGCAAAGGAACUCACUCCAUCUCUCUCGACUUCGUCAACAAGAACAUCCCUCAGCUCUCCCUGGUUGGCCGCGCCAAUCUGAAGGCCAUGAAGGAAGGUAUGCUGCAAGUCCAGCUUCUGGUCCCCUCAAUCAGUGCUGAUGCCACUGUCACCGCUAACAUGAAACGUGAUCAGGAGUUGGAACUGGAGCUUAAGUUUGAAAGCAAGAUCAUGGAUGCCACCUCUGAGCAGAAAAUUGACAUGAAAUACGACGGCAGCAAGAUUGAGGUCGAGGUCAAGUCUGACAUGAACACCAAAACCAACAUCCUGCCUUACACUGAAUUUGUCGAGAAAUACGGCAACGAUUUUCUUGACGUGCAAGUGGGCCAGACAGAUAUGAAAGUCCGCCACAUCUUCAAGAAAUUUGUGGAGGCAGCAAACAACUACAUGGAGAAGUAUGGUGCUGAUUAUCCUUACAUUCAGAACUUCAGAGUGCCUGACAUGCCUGAGAUUUCCUUCCCAGAGACACUGUUCCUGAAUGCUGAGGCCAAAGGUGUCUACUACUUCAACAAUGACCGCUUCACAAUUACUAUCCCUCUCCCACUUGGAGGAAAGACAACAGAAGAUCUUAAAUUCCCACCAGCUUUGACCACUCCCAGCGUGUCUCUACCCCGGUUUGGACUGGAAGUCGUCUCCAUGGAAAUUCCCAUCCCAGAGCUUACUGUUCCCGAGAGCUUCACUCUGUCCAUUCCUCUCUUUGGAAAAGCUGAGGUUUCAACCAUGAUGAAGAGCAACAUCUAUGACAUGAAGGCUUCAAUGGCUGCCGGCAAAGAUGUUGUGGAAACACCAAGCUACUCAGCUAAGUUUGAUGUGACAGGAACCUCCCCAAUUGAGAUCCUCUCAAUGAAGAUGGAAGGCUCUGGGAUGUUGGCCACCACUGACUCCAUCAAAGCGCAGCUGAAAAGCUCUUUGGCCCAUAAAUUCAUUGAUGCCAGUUUUAGUAUUGUCGAGGAUGCAACCAUCACAGAUAAAAUCAACUUGAAAUCUAGCAGCAAGAUGGAAGCCAAAAGCCCAUUUGGUCUCAAUGUUGUCUUUGAGCACGAAGGCAUGGUUGGAAUCAACACUGAAGAAAUGUCUGCUGACAACAAGUUUGAGGGGAUGUUUGCAGCUGGACCUAUCUAUGGCAAGACCACCUCAACCCAGUCAUUCAACAUCUUCCCAUUCAGACCAGAAGCAAAGAUUGAUUCUAAUGUUCAGUUAGACUCCACCUUUGCUAAGGCCCAGAACACAAUCGCUGCAACACUUCUCAAUGGCGAACUCUCAGUUGUGUCUAACACUAAUGCCUUUGAAGACACUUUCACUCAUGUUGCUGACCUUUCCUUCAAAGACAGCAAGCUGUCACUGAAAUGUGAUGCAAAUGCCUUUGCUUUUGGUAUGAAGAUCCGUAACCAGGCUGAAGCAUCUGCUGGUGCCGGUAAUGUGGCCAUGAAGAUGGAAACAAAUGCAGACCACUCUGACAACCGUGUUUACUCUCUGCUGACUGCUUCUCUUGAUGUCAAUGGUCUGGUUGUCAACAGCGACGCCAACAUCAAGCUUCUUGAGAAUGAGGCUACUCACAAGGCUUCUCUGAAAAUGAACAAGGAUGGUUUGACCACAAGUGGAACAACUACCCUCCAGAGCCCCCUGUCCUUCGAAAACACCUUUGAUGCUGGGCUUGAUUCUACAAGGGCUUCUCUGUCCAUUACCAACAAGGCAGCAAUCAGAGAAAUGAAGGUUGAUAAUGCCAACACUCUGACCAUUACUCGGUCUAGCCUUGACUUUAACUCAAAGGCUGAAGCCACUGCAAGUGAAUAUGCCUCUUACACUCAUGAUAUCACCUUUGACCUGAAACCGUACACUGCCUCUGCAAAUGUUAAGAAUAACCUCAAACUUCUGGAAGCUGAAUUCAUUAAUGAGGCACAACUGCAAGCUGAGCUUUACAAGAUGGACCUGACCGGAAGCCUGAAGGCCAUCUAUGGUGAAGAAGAGAUCAAGCACAUCUAUCAGGUCAGUUAUGCUGAUAUGAUCGCCAAUGCAAAGUGCAGCACCACUGGAAAACUCUUUGGAACUCAUAUGAGCCACAACACUGAACUCGAAGUUAUCGGCCUGGCUGCCAGGUUCAGCAAUGAUGCCCGCUUCAACUCACAGCCAGUGCGCUUUGACCACACCAUCCGUUGCAGCAUUGUUCCUUUCGAUUUCAACCUAGACGCCAUCUUCAAUGCUGAUGGAGACGUGACCAUGUAUGGAAAGCACAGUGCCCAGCUCUAUGGCAAGCUCCUUGUGAAAGCACAACCUCUGGCUUUUGCCAGCUCACAUGAAUGCAGAGCAUCAGUGAACCAGCAGCUGAAUAAUGGUUUGUCCCUUCAGACCACAUUUGACAACAACAUGGACAAUGUGCUGUCACUCCAAGAGCAGAGGACUAGUUUUAGAAUGAAGUCCAAACUGAAUGAGCAUGCCUUUAAUCAAGACUUAAGUAUUUACAACACUGCUGAGAGAACUGGAAUCGAGGCUUCAGGCACCAUCCUUACAAACAUCAUCAACUCAGUCUCUGCAGAUAACCAGGAAUUCACCAUCUCUGGCUUCUUAAAGUAUGACAAGAGCACAAAUAGUCACAUGAUUUAUAUUCCCAUAUUUGAAAGUUUUGCUGUUUUUAUGGACAGGAUUAAGGUGCUUGCUGUACAUGUUGCGGAGGCACUGCAAGACUACAUCAACAAUGACGAGGUCAGGGCUAAACUUGAGGCUCUUCCCGAGCAGAUAAGUGACUUUGUUGCUCAAAUGAAUAUUGAAGACAAGGCAGUUCAGCUGAAACAGUAUUUCCUAGAUUUUACCCAGAACUAUGCCAUCUCCAUGGAAGAUGUAGAAGCCUCUUUGAGAAACUUGAAGAUUGCUGUUCAGAAAAUUCUGGCUGAUCUCACUGUUUACAUCCAGAACUUUGUUAGUCUGAUAAAGGAGACUUUUGUUAGUGCCAACUUCCCAGAGGUCUUUGCUCAGCAGAUCCAAAACUUGCUGAAUGCCAUUAAUGAGGAGUAUGACAUCAAGGGUAUGCUUGUGUAUGUGAUUGAGACCAUAAGAGAGUUUGUCCAUCAGAUUGACCUGAACAAAGUGAAGGGCAGCAGUAUUGCAUUCCUGUAUGAUAUUGAUGCCAAGUAUGGAAUCAAGGAUAGUCUAGAGGAAGGUAUGAGGGGUAUUAGACAGACAGUUGAGAGGUUUGACCUGGCGAAAUUUGCUGCUGAGUGUAGGAGGUUCGUUUCAGAUGUGAUGAAGUAUUGCAUUGAUGUACUUGUGAAUCAGGCUCCCCCAAAGAUUCUCAGUGAUGUCAUAGACAAUACUCUGGAAAUCAUUCAGAACCUCGACAUUGCUGGUAACAUCAACGCAUUCUUUGCCAGGAUGAAGGAGUUGAUUGUAAAGUUUGAGGUUGACAAAAAGGUUCAGGCUGUCUUGGAAAAAGCUGUGGAGCUCAUUAAACAGUACAGGAUUGAGGAAACCAUCAGUGCUGGAGUCAGAAUGGUGAAAGAUGCAGAUAUUCCUUCCAAAUUCAUGCAGGUAUUCCAGGAUGUUAUUAACUAUUUGAAAGCAAUGGAGAUUAAGGACAUAAUUUCCAAGCUGAACACAUAUAUUGACAUUAUUGAGGAGAAAAUUAGGUCAUUUGAUUACAAUGACUUUGUAGAUCACAUCAAUCAAAUCAUUGCAAAGUACACUGCAAAUGUAAAUGACCUGAUCAGAUCUCUUGAAAUCCCCCAGAAACUCAAGGCAUUGAGAGAUUUUGCCAACUUUGUCGUAUCCUCUGUUCGGGAUUCUGUAGACCAACUGAGAGGAGUUGAUAUUGCAGAAUUUAUUAAAACUGCAACAGGUACCAUUGACAAGGUUGUGUUUAAUAAUCUCAAGCAAUUUGCUGAAAUUAUUAAGGAGAAAAUUGUGCAACUGGAUUUUGAAAUCCCAUCACAGCUGGACAUUCCUGAGUUUACUAUCCUGGGUUUUCACACUGUGCCAGCCACUGUCCUAUCAGCCAAUGACAUUAAACAGAGAAUCAUUGACUUCAUUGAUUUAAUUCUCAACUUUGAGCUGGAGAUGUUUAAUAUUGGUGCUUCAUAUGGACACCUGACUUUAAGCUACCUUCCCACUCUGCCUGAGUUGUCACUUCCUGAGAUUACUGUACCUGAGUUCUCUUUUCCCACACUUCCUCAUUUUCCAGCAGACAAACUUGUGAACUUUCCUCUAGAAAUGCCAACAAUUAAGCUGCCAGUAAUCCCCAGUGGGAUUAUGAUUCCAGCAUUUGGUAAACUGAGCUAUGAGAUAAAGAUGAACAUCCCCAUCUACACCAUUAGGAAUACUGCAGAAAUCCAGAGCUCCCUUGAUGUAGAUGAGAACCCACAGUUGACAGCUUUUCUGACUUCCCAAGGCAAAUCUCCAACAUUUGAAAUCCUUAACUACAAUCUGGAUUCCAAUGCUCGGAUUGCUAUUCCCAAGGAGCAUGAUGUGAGUGCUCGUGAGACCCUGAAGUUCACUCAUGUUUUCCUUGCAGUGGACCACCAAGCAUCUGUAACAUUUUCUGACUUCUCAGCCCAGGCCUCAGCCAAGACCACAGUAAAGGCUACCACAGCACCCUACAGUGCUGAGCUUUUAAAUGAAGCUUUCUUAGCCACCAGAGGUGGUUUGUCUGCCUCUGCUGACACCUCCUAUAAACAUACACUCAUCCUUCCUGGCCUCACAAGUGAUGCCUCUGCUACUCAAAAAUCUGUGGCACGCCAAGAAGGUACCUCUGUUACAUUUACUGUUGAAAAUCAAGGCACUAAUACAUACAAUUCUCAUCAGCUUACCCACAAGAGUGACUUACAAGUCAUUGCCAGUCCAGAUACAGUCAAGGUGACUUUGACAGGUGACACAGAUGCAGUGCUUCUAAAGAUGACACAGACCCUGAGUGCUGAUUUUGCCAUGUUCAGCAAUUUCAAGUUUGAUGUUCGCUCUGAAGCAGAAGGCCCCGCAAUCAGAAAGAGUCUUAUAGAGGGAUCAGUAAAUGUCAAUUUUCCUGACAGAAAGCUUGAGUAUAAGGCCACACAUAGUACAGAUCUAGUUGGUAUUGUCAGUGGUGCCUUAAACAAUGUGAUUUACGUUGUUGUCUGUCCCACAGAGGUUGUGUUUAGCUUUCAAAAUAAGGGAAACACAAGGGUCAGUUUUAAUGAUGCUCUUACUGCCAAAAUUGAUCUGCAGAAUGACUACUCAGCGAACUUAAGGCCUGACAAUCAACACAUUAACACUGUGGCUCUGGCCCGUCUUAAUCAGUACAAGCUGUUGUGGAACUUCACUGUAGAGCAUAAUGACAAGGAAGCUGCUCUUCUUGCUGCCGUGGAGGGGAAAGCAAAUCUUGAUUUCCUGACUAGGCCCAUUAGCAUUCCUGAGAUAGAGCUGCCUUUUGUUGACUUCCAGACCCCAGCCAUUAGUAACCUCAACUUGUAUGAGCAAACUGGGCUAAAAUACGUUUUGACGACCCCUGAGCAGAGUGUUGAUGCAGAUGUUAAGAUUGUUUACCAAAAAAGCCAAGCUGACACCCUUGCCAAGAAUACUGGUCUGAUUCCCCCUAUGGGCAACCUGAUUACAGAGCUGUCUUUCAAGUCUGCCAUCAUUAAUCUGAAUGCCAAUGCUGGAAUGUAUGCUGAGGAUGAUCUUGUGUUCCGUCUUGGAGCCACCACUGCCUCUGUGUUUGACAGUCUAAAAGCCAAACUUGAUGGCACCACCAGUCUGACCACCAAGAGAGGAAUCAAACUGGCCAAUUCCCUGUCCCUCGAAAAUCCUCACAUUGAAGGCACUCAUGACAGCACCGUCAGCGUGAGCACUGAGACUUUCGACAGUGCCAUCUCUGUGGCUACUGUUGCAAAGAUCGCCCUGCCGAUACUCAACCUGGAAGCAAACCAAAAUCUGGUUGCAGACACUAAAACCAAAGCAAAUGCUGUCUCCACCUUCAGGGUGACGGGUAAUUUAAACAUCCCUAUGAUCAAGGCUGUUGGAAAGGCCGACGCAGAUCACAGUCUGAAGAUGGAAGGAACCUUUGACUAUGUUUCCAUGGAGUCAUCCAUCAAAGGAAACAUGGAUGGCAGCGUGUUUGAAGACUAUAUAGUUUUGGGAGUCCUGGAUAAUGAGGCAAAUCUCUACCUGAAUAGUGAUGGCCUGCGCUCCACUUCCAAGGUUAUUGCUGAUGCCAAGCUUAACUCCGGUGCAACCAAAGUCAUUGGCAUGGAUGUAAAUGAGAAUCUGGCCAUUGAAGCCUCCCUGAGCCGUGUGUAUGCAGUGUUGAAUUUAGUCACUCCCAUGUGGUACCAGCAAGGACUAUAA